AUGCUCUGCACGCCCACCAUCAGCAACGUUGGAGUCACCAGGACCCUCAUUGACUGCGGAGCUAUCCUCAACGUUCUCUCCAUGGAAGCUUUUGAUCAGCUUCUUGUGUCUUACGACCGGCUCUCCCCACACCAGGCCCUUCUCUGGGUGGUCGAUGGCUCCGCCGUUCCCCUGGGGCAGAUCCGCCUCCCCAUCACCUUCGACACGCGCGACAACUACCACACCGAGCUCAUUGACAUCGACGUCGCCCGCAUCAUCCUUCCAUGCAAUGCCAUCCUUGGAUACCCAUCUCUCACCAAGUUUAUGGCAGCGACGCACCCGGGCUACAACGUCCUCAAUAUGCCUGGGAGCAGUGACAUCCUCAUUGUGGUGGGGGAUGCACUACUGGUCCUCAAGCUCACCUACAAGGCUGCAGCAGCGGCGUGA